AUGUGGCCAAGAAAUGAGCAUGUUAUUGGUGUUUUUUUCGCAUGUUUACCCAAUCUUGAACAACUUACUAUUCAUCGAUUGGAUGAACUAUCGUUAAGUAUACCACCUCUUGUUAACUAUGACUGGCUUGCAUCUAAAAUCUCUUUGUAUCUACCAUCACUUCGUCAAUUCACGUUUAAUCUUCAUUUCUGUCGUAAAGAUAGACGUUUUGAAUCAGUUCCAGACAAUGUUCUUAAUCAAUUGCAGGAAAACUUCAAAAACGUACAUAAUAAUCUAUAUCAAUCACGACUUGUUAUUGAUUCAUUCGAUCCAUAA